ACGUGCCGGAAGUAGGCGUGGUGUCACUCUGCGCGGGCCUUCCUUGUGGCGUCGUCACACGUUCUUAUCGUUACUUUGUGUUUUGCGGUUGAUCGCUGUUCGUCCCGUAGUGGCCCUUUAUCGUGAUCGCGGUUUAUUUUAGCGGGCAUCGACUGCGAGGCGUUCUUUGCUUUUACGCAGAGCGCUUUGCCGGGUGCACCCUACAUACUAAGGCGCAGCGAUAAGUGUUGGCUAUUUAAAAACAAAAAGUACAAAAAGCACUGCUAUAACAAUGCCCAACAGGGAGAAUUACGCAAAUGGCAGCGGUAGUGGCAGUGAGGAAGCGGCUUCGGUUGUGGAUUUUGUGUGCCGUGACUUUCUGCGCAACGUAUGCAGGCGAGGGAAGCGCUGCCGCUUUAAGCAUCCAGACACCAGUGACGUUUCUGAUCUUGGAGUGCAAAAGAAUGAGUUUGUCUUCUGUCACGAUUUUCAGAACAAGCAAUGCGUUCGCAUCAAUUGCAGAUUUAUCCACGGCACAAAGGAGGAUGAAGAGCAUUACAAGAAAACAGGGGAGUUACCUGCUCGCUUGCGACACAAAGUGGCGGCCGGUCUUGGCUUGUCUCCCACUGACUUGGCUAGUAAAGAUGAGAUUCCCAUCUGUCGGGAUUUCCUGAAAGGUGACUGCCAGCGUGGGGACAGGUGCAAGUUUCGCCAUUUGCAAAGAGAUUUUGAUUAUCAAUAUGAAUACUCAUGUGAUAUAAGAGGAGGGGUCCUCAACCAGGGCCUUAAUUCUGGAGGCCUGCCUGCCACCACGCCACGCUCCUUUGAGCCUUACGGAGGACAUGAUGGGAUUUUAGAAACUGAUUAUUCAUCCUCCUAUCGCUAUGGUGAUCGCUUUGAUGAUCCUGUAAUGAAAAGACGACGCGUGGCAUAUGAUGGGUACUAUAGUGCGUCUCCUGUCGAAUACCGUAUGCUGGAAGAAGAAAACGUCAUGCUUAGGAGGCGCAUUGAGGAGCUGAAAAAGCAAGUUUCUGUUCUGGCAGCGACCAACGAAGUUCUACUUGACCAAAAUGCUCAGUUUCGCAGUCAAGCCAAGGUGGUAACACUUAGCACCUUGAGCACCACAGCUCCAACCAGUGAACAGGCAGUGGGCACAGUGACUAACUAUAAUCAUGGCAUUGCGCAAACCCACACCACUUUAAGCAGCCAGGCAUUGCAGCCCCGACCAGUCACACAGCAGGAACUGGUGGCCUCCACUGGCGCACAGGCUCCAACACAGAACAACGCAGCCCCUCAAUUAAACCCUGAAAUUACUCCCCUCUCUGCUGCGCUGGCGCAAACCAUUGCCCAAGGCAUGGCUCCUCCGCCCGUCUCCAUGGCACCCGUGGCGGUGUCUGUUGCUCCAGUGGCUGUUUCUAUGGCCCAGCCUCUUCCUGGCAUCACCAUGACCCAUGCCACUACACCUAUGGUAACCUAUCCCAUUGCUUCACAAAGCAUGCGCAUAACAGCCAUGCCACACUAAUCUGUCUUUGUCUAAACCCUUUUUGAUGUCUAGCAGCCUUGCAGCAUUUUGCCAAGGUAAUGGGCGCCAUCAGUGUAGUGCAUUAUGCUGGUGGGGGGGAGAUAAAAUGCAUCAUAGUGCAUUAGAUUUGUAUCGGGGAAUGUGUAUCUGUGUACAAAGGAUUAGUUUGAGGUUUUAUAAAGGUGGGUUUCUGUUAUGUAUAUAAAUUUGUUAUUGAUUUUUUUUUU